AAGUGUUUCCUCAUAUAAAUGUUUAACUAGCUUUCAUGCAGUUCUGCUGAUUAUUAUUUAAAUCUAAUACAAGAACACAUGCUCCAUAUAGUCUUUUAAUAAAUGCACUGAAUGUCAGUGCAGGACACAUCAACUUCUCUUUUACAGGUUGAACAGAAAAAGACAUUGGGAGGGCUUGAACUAUAACUGGAGGUCAAUACACUUUGCCAAUAAAGUCUGGUCAACAAAAACAGCUGAGCUGAACAGAUCUUCUCUCAGAUAACAACUGAUGAACAUGACCUGCAUCAAGAUGUUGGCACAAGUGCUUUUAUUUUUCUGUCUGCUGUAUCUGACACCAGCGGUUACCACAGUGGGACUUAGUGGUGGAGUUCUUCUGUUUCCAACCGAGACUGACUCGAGUUAUGUUAAACUCAUUCCUGAAAAGCCACUGAGUCUUUCAGCAUUUACACUGUGCAUGCGUGUCGCGACAGAGCUCCAGGGUGAGAGGGAGAUCAUUCUUUUCGCCUACCGCACACAUGCCUAUGACGAGCUAAACGUGUGGAGAGAGAAAGAUGGCCAUUUGUCCUUUUACCUCAGUGGUGGAGGAGCACUUUUCCAUCUGCCUCCUCUCUCUACCUUCCAGACCCACCUGUGCAUCACCUGGGAUUCUGCGACUGGUCUUGCUGCCUUCUGGGUGGACGGACGUCGUAGUGUGUCCCAGCUUUAUAGAAAAGGACACACAAUCCGUCCUGGCGGCACCGUCCUGCUUGGCCAGGAUCCUGAUAAUUAUGUGGGUGGUUUUGAAGCAAGUCAGAGCUUUGUGGGAGAAAUUACAGAUGUGCACAUGUGGGAUCAUGUUCUCUCUGCCACCGAGAUCAAGGGGGUUUAUUCAAACCAGGAACCUUAUGUGCCCAAGGGAAACGUGAUUAACUGGAACACCGUUAAAUAUGAGAUUAAUGGAGAGCUGUGAAAAAGAACUGAUUGUGAUCAGUUAUAAUAUCACAUAUACAGUGCACAAAGCAUUUAAGGCUAAACAAUAAAUUUGAGUAUUACGACUGAA